AUGAUGCACCUCCAAUCGUCCUCGCAUUUCUCCACGCUCACGAAUGACUUCCAUGCCGCCUUCCUCGAAUUCGUAGGCACAUUUUUGUUCCUCCUACUCGGCCUGGGGGGAAUUCAAACGGCCCAGACGCUCUCUGUACUUGACACUUCAGCGGCUUCAGACACUCAACGCUACCUAUACAUUUCCACAUCUAUGGGGCUGUCGCUCCUUGUCUCUGCGUGGCCGUUUCUCAGAAUAACUGGAGGGGUGUUCAACCCCAACAUCUCUCUUUCAUUGAUGUUGGUAGGCGCCAUCCGGCCAGUGAGGUGCGCCCUGUUUUGCAUCGCGCAAUUAGCAGGUGGGAUCGCGGCGGCGGCAGUCGUGCUAGGUUUAACAGACGGGACUUUGAGGGUGAACACGACUUUGUCGCCCCGGACAUCUCCUGCUGAAGGUGUCUUCAUCGAAAUGUUCAUAACCGCAGCCUUGGUUCUCUCUGUGUUGAUGUUAGCAACAGAGAAGCAUCAAGCUACAUCCUUUGCUCCGGUCGGAGUUGGGUUGACCUUGUUUUCUGGUCACCUUUUCGCCGUGUAUUAUACCGGUGCUUCAAUGAACACUGCGAGGUCUUUUGGGCCAGCCGUCGUCACUGGGUUUCCUGAUUCACAUCACUGGGUGUACUGGGUCGGCCCAUUGUUAGGUUCCCUGCUUGGCUCUGGGUUCUACACCCUUCUCAAGCAGUACGUCCCUUGGCUCCUCAUCUUUCUCGCAUUGAACUCUGACUGCUUUUCGCUACUAGCUAUCGUAAUUGGGUCUCGGUCAUGGAGGAGCGCACCGAUGUCGCGACGAAGUCGCCGAGGCUAA